UUGAGAACUGCCUGAACAGUUGUAUGUACAGGUUUUAGGUGGUCAGUAAGCAACAGCAGCCAUGCCAGAAAGUCAUAAAUUUGUGUGUCUUGAUGACUAUGAGAAACAUGCUUCCACUGUGCUUCCAAGAAAUGCUUUGGAUUAUUAUGCAAGUGGUGCUGGAAGAGAGCAUACUUUGAAACUUAACAGGAAUGCCUUCAAAGUACUGCGUAUUCGCCCGAGGAUGAUGAGAAAUGUAUCAAAGCGGGAGAUGUCCACCACAGUAUUGGGUAACUGUGUGUCAGUGCCAUUUGGAAUAGCACCAACAGCAAUGCAGCGUAUGGCUCAUCAAGAUGGAGAAUGUGCCACAGCAAGAGCUGCUGGUAUGAUGGGCACAAUAUUUACACUGAGUACACUUUCAACAAGCAGUAUAGAGGAAGUAGCAGAAGCAGCACCAUCUACUAUCAAAUGGUUUCAACUCUAUAUCUAUAAGGACAGGGCAGUAACCGAGGAUCUUGUUAGAAGAGCUGAAAAAGCUGGCUUCAAAGCACUUGUUCUGACUGUUGAUGCACCGAUGUUUGGAAUACGCGAUGCAGACAUUCGUAAUAAAUUCUCUCUUCCUCCACACCUGAUGUUGGCUAACUUUAGAGGAGUGUUUGCUGACAGUGUUCAGUCAUCUGGUGGCUCGGGGAUUAAUGAAUAUGUAAAAAACAUGUUUGACGCAUCAUUAACUUGGAAUGAUGUUAAGUGGCUGAAAAGCAUCACAUCAUUGCCCAUUGUAGUGAAAGGAAUUUUAACAGCAGAGGAUGCAGUUAUGGCUGUUGACAGUGGUGUAGAUGCAAUACAGGUUUCCAACCAUGGAGCUCGACAACUAGACUGUACUCCAGCACCUAUAGAAGUUUUACCAGAGAUUGUGCAUGCUGUAAAUGAUCGGUGUGAAAUUUACCUCGAUGGAGGAGUUCGAGAAGGAAUUGAUGUAUUCAAAGCAUUAGCCCUUGGAGCAAAAAUGGUUUUUAUUGGGCGGCCUGCAAUAUGGGGUUUGGCCGCUUCAGGACAAGAAGGAGUUAAGGAAGUUUUGGAUAUCCUUAAGUGUGAAUUUGAUCAUGCAAUGGCACUUUCAGGGUGUGCCAAACUUGGUGAUAUUCAACGUGAUAUGGUAGUACCAGAUACACAAUAUUGCAAACUAUGAAUUAGUCAAGAGAGUUGCUUCAGUAUUUGACAAUGUGAGCCCUUUGUUAAUGAUGAUGCCAGUCUUGUUACAGUCCUUUACAUUUUUGUACAAAUAACAUUUCAUUGAUGCCAUAUAAUGACUCUCAAAUAAAUAUAUAUUUAAAAAAAGAAAAA